AUGGCGUCUACGCCGUCGUCUUCGGUUUUCUCACUACCAAUCCCGCCAUGGCUCCAUCCGCCCGGCUCUCGCGUAUCUAGAUUUGACCGCCAAAAGAAACGCAAGAAUGUAGCUUGGAGUGAGGAUGAACUCGAUGCCCAAGAAACGACAGAUGUCAGCUCGGCUACGGAGUUUGAGCCCGGCGAGGCUUCCUUGGUAUUGACGCCGAAUGAAUCUCAUCAAUACCGAAUUGCCGGUUUCCCUUUCAAUCAGGAGUUACCGAAGGGCCAUUUCCCUCAUGCGCCAGACAAAGAAGAGCAAUUGAAAAGAGACAGUGCCUCUCGCCGCGUCAAAGCCUUGGCAGCAUUAUCCAGUCCGAUCUACCCUCCUCAGUCGGCCCAGCAAGGCAACAUUCGCUUCCAACACCUUGGAGUAUUGACAGCUAUUCUACAUCGAUGUAUGCUUCAAGGUGACUAUAUACGGGCCGGGAGAGCCUGGGGCCUGAUUCUGCGUGAAGAGUAUCGAGGGUUCCGAAUGGAUGUUCGCAACGAAGCAAGAUGGGGCAUCGGUGCUGAGAUAUUGCUGCGACGAGGUCAACAAGAAAUCUCAGCCGACCCUGGUACCAGCAAGGUGCCGAAUGCAGCAGAAACUACGCCGUUUACAUUCACCACCAAGGGCUUCGCGGAAGCCAAGGAUUACUACGAACGACUUAUCCUUAACCAUCCUUACACUAAAGUCUCACCACAGUCUAUCUCCUCUCUGCAUUUCUACCCUGCAAUGUUUGGACUGUGGGUGUAUAUGGCCCAGGAAGAAAGCAAGAUGGCUAGGAAGAAUGUUUCUCUUCACCAGGAAGAAGAUUCCGAUGGUUUUUCGGGGGACGAAGACUCCGAAUCUGAAUUUAGCCAUGGCCAGAACUCACACAAGAAGACCGACGCUGCGGUGAGCGCAAUUAGAGCACGGGAGUUGGAACAGGCGCAGCAGAUUGCUGCACGACUGGACCAGCUCCUAAACUCUCCCCCUUACUCCGACUCGCCUGAAUUGCUGGAGCUCCGAGGGAUGAUUUCUCUGUGGAUUGGUGAUCUAUUGAUCUCUGCGCUAUCCUUACCAAUAGGCUUUGAAGAAACCGAUGACCACGACCGGAUGCUCAUGGAUGAAUCUCCGGGCUCUCUUGAAGCGAGACGUCAGCACAGGCUUGCAACGGAGAGGAAAACAGUCGAACUGCAAAGGUCAAUCGAGCUCUUCGAGAAGGCCAAGAAACGAGGCCGGAGCGUGGCAUACAAUCUGGAGAACCUUCAUAUCGAUGAUGACACUUUUUAUUAA